UGUAGAGCCUAUAGAUAAAGAGGCCUUGGUGGGGGUGUGAAGAAUAAGCAAAACCCCCGACAGAGAAAAAGGAAAUCCCCACCGUCCCAGCAUCGACGCUUCCAUUUGCAACACCAACAAAAAAGAAAAGCGACCAAAACCUACCCAGUAGCAGCACUGUAACAGUAUUUGUAGUAAGUACUCUCUUUCCCCCUCUCUCCUGUUUGUGUGGUGUGUAAAGCGUGAGGUGAGUCUGGCAUAUAUAGGGAAAGACCUAAUGGGAUGACAGUGUUAUCUCAUUAAUGCGCUUCACCUUUUUUUGACGAUUCUCCUUUACGCGUCGCAGUUUGUCACUUCUGAUCCUCUCUGCCACCUUGGUCGCUUCAAACCCUACCCCCACCCCAGCUCUUUCCCUUUUUCCACCUCUCCGCCUUCUCCUCUCCACCACGCACCACGGUUCCUUUCUCUCUCUCUCUCUCUCUCUCUUAAUCACUGUUCUUUUCCUUAAAACGUAACCGACACAGAUACCAGAGAAGAACAGAAUUGCAUGGAGCAAUCAAUGUCCUUUUGCCCCAAUCUCAUCGCCAUUUCUAAACAAACUAACCGUGUGCGUGUGUUGCUGCUAGCUACUUUACCCUUCUCAUACUAGCUAGCUGGAUUAUUUCAUCCAAUUGAAGAUAAUAAGAAAAGGAAAUACCCAAUGCUUGUUUUUCUUUUUUUAGGUUUCACACUCUCUUCCUAGUUCUAGUAGUAGUCCCGUGACACUGACUUUCUCUCUCUUUCUCUCUCGUCUUUUCCAGAAUCGACGGCUAUUCCUGCUUCGUUGACUCCUUUCUUCACAUGAUGUGAUGUGUAUAUAUGACCCUUCCCUUUCUGCUCUUCUCUUCUGCAGAUCUGUGAUUUCUCUGUAAAAAAAAAAAAAACUUAUUCUCUUUUCCUCUCCCUCUUCUCUUCCAUGCCGUGACUACUCAGUAAUCACUUCCAACUACCGAACGCCUCGCCGUGCUCGUUGUUUCAUGGAACAGCAUUCGGUUCAACGAAUCGUCGUCGUUUGUGUAACCGUCUCCUUGUUCUCCCUCUCACUCCUUGCCGUUUCAACAGGUUUGGCUGGUGGGAGGACACUUUCGGGAACCAUGGUCUCCGUGUCAUCGCGUCGUGUACAGGAAGGGAACAAAAAGCUCCAUAGCUCGCAUCGCAAACUUCUUACUAGUGGGAAUGGAAAGAUGGAACCGAACCGAAUAUGGGGUGAGAAAUGCAGCAAGUCUGAUAUAGUGAUAAACCAGGGCCCCACGGCCCCACUCCCAAGUGGCAUUCCCACAUACACGGUGGAGAUCAUGAACAUGUGCGUGAGUGGAUGCGACAUCUCUGGCAUUCACCUGAGGUGCGGCUGGUUCAGCUCUGCACGCCUCAUCAACCCCAAGGUCUUUAAGCGCCUCCGUUACAACGAUUGCCUCGUCAAUGAUGGCAGACCCUUGAUCAACGGCGCCACCAUUUCAUUCCAAUAUGCCAACACCUUCCUCUACCCUCUUUCCGUUUCCUCUGUCAUCUGUGUCUGAUCAUCAUCAUCAUGAUCAUAAACAACAAUCCUCUCUCUUGUCCCACAACUUCAUUCUUUUCACCUGUACAUACAGAUUUUAGAUACGUAUCUGCGGACAACACCUUGUGCACGUGAUGGGUCUUUCCAAUGUAAUGCUUACGAUUUUUUGAUAGAAAGGAAAAUACGCUAGGAGUGAGGUAUUUUUA